AUGAUGUCAUCAUCUGAUUCAGACUCCUCCGUACCAACAACACACCAUCCCGAGAAGUACACAGGAGUUCUCCUCAAGAAUAUUCUCGACGAUUUAAGUGACACGAUAACGUUAGGAAUGAAUCCCAAAAGUGAUAUAAGCCCUUUGCCAGGAAGUAUAGAAGAGUACUCUGUGGUGAUUGAAAAUGUCAAAGAAGAGGUAAAAUUGCUUGAAUACGAUGAUAUGAUGCAAACAACUCAUUUUGGAAUACCUCAAUCAAUUGGGUUGUGUGAGUGUAAUAACACCGAGCAAAUUGUACUCUUAAUUGGGCUCUGGGUAGUUGCUUAUAUUGAAGAAAAGAACAAGACAAGAGCACUAGUCGACACAUCGGAAGUUCUCAAAGUGAUGCGAACAUUGGUCGACGAAAGCCAGUUUGUUGAUAUCGAUGAAGAUAAGUACAAUCAAAUUAAUUGGUUAUAUGACUUCAUGAGAACACACCAUUGA